AUUUAAAUUUGGAUGGUCAUGAGUGGGGCUCUGCUGUGGCGUCCUCACCAUUUCACCUUGCGCCCCCACCUCCUCAAAAUCGUCAUGCUGUUGUGACUGUGUGCGUGCGUCUGUGUUUUCGCCUCUCUGGGUAUCAUUUAAAUUUGGAUGGUCAUGAGUGGGGCUCUGCUGUGGCGUCCUCACCAUUUCACCUUGCGCCCCCACCUCCUCAAAAUCGUCGUGCUGCUGUGGCUGUGUGUGUGCGUCUGUGUUUGUGUUUAAAUUUGAUAUGUUAUGAGUAUCUUGCAAAGAUGGAUCAUAGACUGCUCUCCAGUUUAAACGAAAAAUCGCAUUGUGUAAAGAAUGAAAAAAGUCUGAAUCACAUUCUGCUUGGUUAUUUGCUUCGACCUGACGAAGCGCACGAUGUAAUGGAAAAAAAUAGUCCGAAUCACAUUCUGCCUGGUUAUUUACUUCUAAACGUUGAUUAGAAACGUUUUCAUUUUCUAUUUCACUGACAUCCCCCGCUAAUUCAGACGUAACUACACAUUUUUCCUCAGCCAUUCUAAUUCUCUAAAAAAACAAAACAAAAAAAAACAACAAAAAAAUAUCAAUAAAGCGGUUAUAUCAAUCAAACAUGUAUUAAACACUGUUAAACAACGUCUCAAAGGUACGAGCCAAUAUCUUGUAGUUUUGUUUGAUCUGUUGUAUUUUUCGCUCCAGUCUCCUCAGCUCACGACUCUUCCUCUUCUUCUUCUUUAUCUUCUUAGCGCCUGCAAAAUAAAAAUAAAAAACAAACGACUUUAGCCGCAUGUGGCGCUGUCGAUUUCACUCAACACUUUCACAUUCGUACUCGGAAACAAACCCCCACCUCCUAAGUACGACCCCGCCUACUUCUAAGAGCGCCAAAUUCAUUUUGCAAAAAGACAGUCUAGUGUGAACAUCUCCUACAGCCGCUUAAAAAACAUGCAAAAAGCAACAACAAAAAAAAAAUUACCGCAGAUAGGUGUAGGACUUUUGUCGUCUUUUUCGAUAAUGUUGUCCUCGAGCAAGUCUUCGGUGUGGAGAGUAUUUUGUGGGAAAAACCCCUCUUCUUUCACCGCGAGUAAGCCUUCAGCCUCCGCUGGAACGUCAUUGUUCUUCAAUGUCAACCUCCUCGACACUUUUUGGCGGGAGACCCGUUAAAGGCGUCCAACGCGCCAGAGGCGUAAAAGAAACAUCUGAACCACCACCACCGGAGUAAACACCCCGCAUUCAGAGUUAAAAGACUCCAAAGAAAAGACGUCUGGUUCGGUCGACUGAGGCUGAUAGGAUCCGUUGAUUUUAGGAGCACGGAGACUGGCACGAAAAAACCAACGACCUGAGGCAGAAGAUUUCGUCUCCCAAGUAGCGCUAAACAGAAUUCUUCUCUCACGCAACUCAUCCAGCGUCGGCUGAAACAAACAGAUAUCUCCCAUCUGGUAUCGGAAAACGUAUCCAAAAGAUCCAAUCAUUCCAUAACCCUCCAAGCACCACUUCUCCCGCAAAGACUCGGUUGGAGGAAUUUGAGUACGAUUCAAAAAAAUCCUACUUUUUCGAGGAGCGUCGUAGGACGUUCCCUGGUGAGAAGACGCGAUGCAGACGUGUGCUCUGAUGAACGAACUCUCGUGGCAGUCGUCCAACAGAAUUAAGACCCACGCGAGCACAAACAACUGCUACCUUUACUCUAUUGGUCAGUCGUCGCUUCCUAGUCAGGACGGCAGGGUCUACCACAAUGUGUCACAUGACCCCCAGUCUGGAAGCCAUGGACACCAGCUUGUCCCCCCGAGAGAGUUUCAGCACAGUGUGGGUCAGGACGGCAGGGUCUACCACAAUGUGUCACAUUACCCCCAGUCUGGAAGCCAUGGACCCCAGUUUGUCCCCCCGAGAGAGUUUCAGCAGAGUGUGGGUCAGAACUUGUCAGAGUGGAGCAGACCUGUCACUUCCUGUUCCCAGAGUGAUGCUGUGGUUCACUGGAGGCCAACAAGGCUCCACAGUCACUGCGUUGUCAGUGACGCCUCACAGCACAGGUUUGCAUUCUACCACAACAUGGCCACGCCCUCACAAUACCCUGAUAAUAGCAUUGCAAACUCUCCAUCAGCUGGGCAGAGCUUAUUGAACACCAACGCCCAUCAGAAAUCUGAACAAUGCUCACCUUCGACCCCUGUGGUGUCCAAGCAGGUGAUGCAUCCUGCAGCCGCAUGCCACAGUCCUAUCACCAGCGCUCAUGGCAGGACACCACAAGCGUGUCCCAGUUUGAGAAGACAUCUGAUGGACAUGAUCGUCUCUCAGCAGUCACCACCUCACCCCCCCCAACCUCUUCAGAACAGCAUUCCAGAAACAAUACAGUUACAGACAAGUGAACUGGACUGGUCCAAGACCAGAAGACAUCAUCAGUAUCAAAUAGACCACAAGCUCCAAGCCCCUGAACCUCUCUCAUCCCAUUGCACAAAUACUGAACUCGCUCCUGAGACCAUGCAAACGGCCAUACAGCUAAUAUCUCAGAAAUAUCCGCUGAUCUUUAAGAUGCUCUCACCAACUACAAGAAUACCUGAAAAGAACCAGGACAGAAGUUCCUUACCAGUUUGUGAUCUGGCCACUAAAGGGUGCGCAAGUUCUGGUCAAGGUUCUACUGGGUUGUCCUUCGAGGUAUUUCAACACCAGAAAGACUCGUGUUCAGGUGAUUCUUUAGGUCAGACCGAUAAGAAGGUUCCAGAGACCCAUCAAGACAACCCAGAGCAAAAUAAAAGGACACUCCAGAGUCUCACAUCAAGUACAUGGACUACAAACAAUUUAGUGGCUCUGGUCCAGAAAUUCCAACAAGCUCAGAUUAAAUCUGAGUCUUCUGCCUUCUGUAUCAGUCAUUUAACCGACUUGUUCUGGAACAACGAUUCACAGAUGCUGCGCCACCAGAUCAAGUCAUCCUGGUACAAAAAUCUCAUGACUGACAUUUUAGCCUUCUUGUCCCAACACUGGACCGCAGACUCCGUGGUUCUGACGCAAGCAAAAUGCAACCUGAAUGUUGAAGGGCUUCACGUGCUGCAAGACGGCGAGGAGUAUGUGGAGCCGCAUUACGUUUCAUCAUGGAGGAAUGUCAACGAGCAACUGGACGACAUCGAUAAAGAGUCUGGCUGUGCCAUGACCUUUGAUAGCUGUCUUCCUGACCCACUUGUGCCAACAAGCGGCGCCCCAGAAACUGCAAACACUUCCAAAGUUGUGGAAGAACAGGAACAUGGAGAACAAGAAGACGAACAGGAAGUGAAACGGAUUGAAGAUGAAGAACAGAGGACCUCAUCUGUAACAGUUGCACAUGCUAAUGAAGAUGACAUCUACUCCUUUGUCAUCCAGGUUCUUCCACAGGAAGAGGCUAAAGCCAUCUAUGAAAACUCUAAGCUUGUAGGAGAUCAUCCUUUCAUGCAGGUUCUUCCCCCAAAAGAGACCCAAACCAUCUAUGAGAACUCCCAACCUGCAGGAAAACAUCCUGUCAUUCACGUUCUUCCCCAUGAAGAAGCCAAAACCAUAUACGAGAACUCUCAGCCUGUAAGAGACCAACUUUUCAUCCAGGUUCUUCUCCAAGAGGAAGCCAAAACCACCUACGAAAACUCCCAGCCUGCAGGAGACCAUUUUGUCCUCCAGGUUCUUCCCCAAGAGGAGGCCAAAAACAUCUGCGAGAACUCCCAGCCAGCAGGACAAAAGUCUUUUAUCCAUGUUCUUCCCGAAGAGGACAAAACCAUCUACGAGAACUCAGAGUCUGCAGGACAACCGUCUUCCAUCCAUGUUCCACCCCAGGAGGAGGCGAAAACCACGUGCGAGAACUUCCAGCCUGCAGGACAAAAGUCUUUUAUCCAUGUUCUUCCUGAAGAGGACAAAACAAUCUACAAGAACUCCCAGCCUACAGGACAAAAGUCUAUUAUCCAUGUUCGUCCCCAAGAGGAGGCCAAAACCAUCUACGAGAACUCCCAGCCCGCAGGAGACCGUUUUGUCAUCCAGGUUCUUCCCCAAGAGGAGGCCAAAAACAUCUACGAGAACACCCAGCCUACAGGACAAAAGUCGUUUAUCCAUGUUCUUCCUGAAAAGGACAAAACAAUCUACGAGAACUCAGAGUCUGCAGGACAACCGUCUCACAUUCAUGUUCCACCCCAGGAGGAGGCCAAAACCAUCUGCGAGAACUUCCAGCCUGCAGGACAAAAGUCUUUUAUCCAUGUUCUUCCUGAAGAGGACAAAACAAUCUACGAGAACUCCCAGCCUGCAAAGCAAAAGUCUAUUAUCCAUGUUCCUCCCCAAGAGGAGGCCAAAACCAUAUACGAGAAUGUCCAGCCUGCAGGACGAAAGUCUUUUAUUCAUGUUCUUCCUGAAGAGGACAAAACAAUCUACAAGAACUUCCAGCCUGCGGGACAACAUUAUUUAAUCCAUGUUCUUCCUGAAGAGGACAAAACAAUCUAUGAGAACUCCCAGUCUGCAAGACAACCGUCUUCCAUCCAUGUUCCUCCCCAAGAGGAGGCCCAAACCAUCUACGAGAACUUCCAGCCUGUAAGAGACCAUCCUGUCGUUCAGGUUGUUCCCCAAGAGGAGACCAAAACCAGCUAUGAGAACUCCCAGUCUGUAAGAGACCAUCUUUUCAACAAAGUUCUUCUUCAAGGGGAGACGACGUGCAUCAACAAGUACUCCCUGCCUGCGGGAGAUCAUCCUACAAAGGAGCUCCUGAAAGGUUCAAAAGUGGACCAAGUAGAUUCCAGAGCAGACAAGGAUCUUUCAGCUGAGUCAGAGGUGGAGUUGUUCUUUGCUCAGUGGAAAGAAGACUUUUUGAGCUGCACACCAACCACGGAGAGCGAGGAGGAUUUGAGCCACACGGUGCUGGAAGACGAGGAGGCGGUGCUUGAUUGCGCCUCCUGCACAGAUGGAAGAAAUCCAUCAAUUAAUCCAAAUCAUGCUAAAGACUCUUCUCUAUUUCAACAUGAUGAUCAAGAGACAGGAAAUGUCCCCCAGCGAAGGACAGACAUAAUAUCCAAUGCUUUUUGUCGGGAAAGAAUUUUGACAUCAAAGUGGCGUCAGUGGUGCACAGAGCUCAAGAGGUCCAACAAGAGCGAGAUGGUGCCAUGCUUUGGCACCAAGCGGAAGAGAGCGAGACACUCUGCCAUCAACGUUCCUGUCCUUAAGAAGCUGAAAACUUGUAAGCGUCGUAGUGAUCUGCGUUCAGCCCGCAGGAAAGAUUCAGCCAAAAGCGUCCAACCUGUCAAGCUGGUUUUAUUUGGUACUGCUGGACGCAGGCCAAACUGGACCAGACCUAUGUCUGCUCCAGAGGUGCUCAGUGUGAGUCGCAGAGGUAUGAGUGCGGUCAAACAACGCAUUUACCAAGAGUGGAGUUUACCGCCAACCAGAAUCGAGAGCAGAAGCAAACUGGGAAACCAGAAGAGACCUUUCACGGAGAGAUGGAAAAGUGAGGACGGUCGGGACAAGGAGAAACUUUUGCCGGAAAUGAUGUUCAGGAAAGACAACAACAAACUGAGCCGGAAAAAGAGGAGGCCCCGCUCAGACGGCCAGGGCAUCAGAGAGAAGGACUGGUGGAGGCGGUCCAAAGACGGAGAGGUCAGGAAGUAUACUGAGGAUCAUUCCGGCAAGUUCUGGAAUGCUUCAAAACCAGCCAAUCCUUCUGGAAGAAAGUGACAUCACUGUUUAGCUUUGUGGUGUUCUGCCAUCCCCUGGUGGCUUGGAGACACUUUUCAAUGAGUGGACAAUGAAAAAAUAUAUUUUUUAAAGAGGUUCAGUCAAAACUGAAGCGGAAGCUAAAAUACAAUUAUAUUGCCAAAAGGUAACAAACACAUGCUAAAGGCUAUGUUGUCAAAUGCUAGUCGCGAGCCUUGACGUGCCAAUGGCAAUCUUGUCAAAUGCUAAUGGCUAGUAACCUGACUCUCGCCAGAUCCUUGUAGUUCUCUGAGCUCCACACAAGGAUCUGAGAUCGAGGGCAAUGCAAACUCCUUCAAGCCAGCAAAAAAUAAUGAACCAAUCAGGAUCGUCGGGCGGGAUUUCAUAGAUGUGACGUAGCGCCGAAGCAACUGUUUGAUUCAAACAACAAUGGCGGCACACAGCGAGGAGUCGUGUGCUGACAUUGAUUCCGCUAUUGCAACUGUUUUGUCGAAUCUAUCGAAUGUUAAUUAUUUAAAAGAUGAACAGAGUACGGUUUUGAAGGCAUUGAUUAACUUUUCGCUCUCUCGUUAUCCAAUAUGUCGGCUGUUCUGUUUCGGAUUUCCCAGCCUCGCUCUCAUAAGUGUCACGGGUUGAGUUGGAUGUGAGUGGUUGAAGUAGCACGUCAUUCAAGAUAACGAACACAAGGUUCAUCCAAUCACAUACAAUUCUUUUUUUACAAGGCCCCACAUUCUGAAAUACAUCUCUUAUUGAGAAGUCCCAGAUCCUUGUGUAGAGCUCAGCGAACUACAAGUAUCUGGCGAGAGUCAGGUUAAAUGGCUAGACUUCACAUGCCAAUGUCUAUGUUGUCAAAUGUUAGUGGUUAGCCUUGACGUGCUAAUGGGUAUCUUACCAAAUGCUAAGGACCAGUUUUCACAUGCGAAUGUCAAUGUUGUUAAAUGCUUGUUACUUGCCUUGACGCGCUAAUAAUAUCUUUGUUGUCAAAUGUUGGUUGCUAGCCUAGAAUGUUCAUGUCCAAUUGUCUCCCAUGACUGACGUGUAUAUUCAUGUACAUAACAGGUUUAUUUUCAUCAUUUGCUGAAUAAAAGUAAUUUUAUACAUUUGUUCUAUUUUCCUGUCAAGUCACUGUAACUGUUACCAAUGUUCCACCUGAAGGAAAUUAUUAGUUAGAUUAGCAUGCUGAUGUCAAAUAUAAAUAGUAGAAUGCAGUUAUUAGACACAUACAUACAUUUGUGAUU